AUGUGUUGCACAGAACCGUAAAAAAGCUUUUAUUUGUCUUACUAGGGAGACACGAUACAUUCCAAUAAUGUCUAUGACACGCUGGCCGUCUGGGAAUUUCAAACCUAUUGUAACUGCAUUAGAUAAAAGGAGCAAAAAGGACUAUCACAAAAUCAGUAGUGACAUACUGAAUGUGAGGGUAUAUCUGCACUCGUUGACAAAAGAAGUUGUUGAAGAGGAGGUUGCUUACACAGAGGAGAAUUUCCUGAGUGACAUAGGAGGACAGUUAGGACUGUGGGCGGGCUUCUCAGUGCUCAGUCUCAUAGAAAUCAUAGAACUCUUUUGUCUAUUUAUCAACGCGUGUGUGAGGCGAAAUCGUAUAAAGGAGAAGGAUCCGGAUAAAAAGCAGAGGGACGUUGAAAUGGAACGAAUGUAACACAAUGUUACACUUUAUUAGCCCGACACGUAUGUACACGAGAUCUUCACUGAAUUUCUC